UCUUGAACUCAUGCAUUCAGACAUCCAUUACUCUUACUACAAUGGCUUCACAUUUUCUCGAAAUCUUUGGCUUUUCUCUUCUUGUCUUUGCUAGCUGUGUUAAGGGAGUUCCCGAGGAUGAUGUUAGCUUCGAUCAGAAUUAUUUUUCGUUAUGGGGAUUGAAUCAUAUUACUCGUGUUGACAACGAUAAGGGAGUGCAACUACUGCUGGAUCAGUACUCUGGAGGGGGUGGAUUCAGAUCAAUUUCUGAUUAUGGCUCUGGAAGAUUUGGUAUUAGGAUGAAAUUACCAGAGGUUAAUACUUCGGGAAUCAUAAUAAGCUUCUACCUGACUUCAGCUCCAGAUAGUUAUAACCCGGGAAGUCAUGAUGAAAUCGACUUUGAAUUCGUUGCUGGCGGUUUGCAGACGAAUAUAUUUGCAGGUGAUUCGGGGAAUAGAGAAGAAAGGUAUCACCUCUGGUUUGAUCCUCGAAAGGGCUUCCAUAUUUAUGAGAUUCUCUGGAACCCAUAUAUGGUUGUGUUUUAUGUUGAUAAAGUUCCAAUUAAGAGUAUUCAAGAACUACAAGGACAAGGGAUUGAAUUAUAUCUCAAACCCGAUGCAUACUGAGGCUAGCGUAUGGUUAGCAGACUGGGCUGGAACUGUGGACUGGAACCAAGGACCAUUCAUUACUAGUUACAGAAGAUUCGGCAUAGAUGGUUGUGCAUCACAGAACACAAGUAUGAAUCAAGAAUGCCUAUCACCUGACCUCCCAUGGAAUUCACAGAAAGAUCUCAGCCCGCGUGAACAGAUGAUGCAUCAGAGGUUUAGAGAGACGAAUGUGGUGUAUGAUUAUUGCUUAGACAAGGAAAGACAGCAGAAUCAUCCGGAGUGCCAGUUCCCUCGAAAAUGAAGUGUUUAAACACAAGUACACAAUAAUAUAUACAACAGUAGUAUAUACUGAAAAAUGUAUGCAAAACAACAUAAUACUGU